GAAGUCUCCAAAUUGUGAGUCAUAUCUCUCUAGGUACCAAAUGACAAGCAAUAGCGGAGGAUGUUUUUCUUCCAUUUCUUUUGCAAGAAUCAGCAAUGAAGAUAACUCCUGUCUCUAUCCAAGCGGCAAACAGAUGUCUGUUUUGUUCUGAAAGUACCAUAAAAUUUUAAGAAGACUGUCAAGCUUGACAUGAUGAACGAUUCAAGCCACAUUAGGCAACCUAUGAUUCAACUCUAUUGUAGUUAUUGCUUAACCAGCUUUAGCUAUUACUCCUAAAUUUCCAAUUUGGAACUUGAAAGGAUUCCUACGUCUAAGCUUUAACGUUGAUGGCGGCCACAAAAAGACAUUUUGCACGCGAAUUGCAUGUUCAUUUCUUCCACAUUUACGUGCUGAUUAUUGGGUACUUUCUGCUGAAAUUAUUCUCAAAACAAUUUCCUAAUCUUAUCCUAUGACAAUCUACUAGACCUCACUGAAUCAUUUGCUUACUCUUCUGGGUUCUUAGUUCUGAAUCUGACCCAUAGACGGGGAAUUACCUCAGAAUCCUCCAAAAUUUUGCAUCUUUGACACUGGCCAUUACACGGAAUGGUAGUCAACUCUUUAUAAACAAUUCCAGAAUCCUCCAAACUUUUGCAUCUAUAACACUUGCCAUUACACGGAAUACGCAACUCUUUAUAGACAAAUCUAGUUAAUCCCUUUAAAAACUCCCUCACGAAAUGAGCUUUGGUUGGUCCGCCAGCCAGCAAAUGCCAGAACAACGCUCCGUUGUCUUUUUGUUUUUGUCAUAUCAGUCUUGGAUUUUAUCUGUUCGAGGUGUUUAAAUGAACUAUGGCAACAGUGCAAAACCUGAAUCAUUUUUAGGUCGAAAGAAAAUGAAAAUGAGAAAACUUGAGAGUCAUUUAGCUUCAGCUUUUGUUGUUGUUGUUGUUGUUGUUGUUAUUUGUUGUUUGAAUGUGAAAACAGUUAAAGGAGUGUACGUGAAGUAUAAUACCGGAGCUGGAAUUGUUCCUGGGAAACUGAACGUUCAUUUGGUCCCGCAUUCGCAUGAUGAUGUUGGCUGGUUGAAGACUGUUGAUCAGUACUAUGUUGGAUCAAACAACAGCAUUCAGGGUGCUUGUGUUCAGAAUGUGCUGGACUCGGUUGUUGAAGCAUUGCUUCGUGAUCCAAAUAGGAAGUUUGUGUUUGUUGAGAUGGCUUUUUUCCAAAGAUGGUGGACAGAACAAAGUCUGGAAAUACAAGAACAAGUGAAAAAACUUGUAGAUGUUGGCUUGUUGGAAUUCAUUAAUGGUGGUUGGUGUAUGCAUGAUGAAGCCACAACACAUUACAUAGACAUGAUUGAUCAAACGACUUUAGGUCAUCGCAUGAUAAAGGAGCAAUUCAACAAGGUUCCUCGAGCUGGAUGGCAAAUUGAUCCUUUUGGUCAUUCUGCUGUGCAAGGCUACCUACUUGGAGCUGAGCUAGGUUUUGAUUCAGUACAUUUUGCAAGAAUUGAUUAUCAGGAUAGAGCACAACGGAAGAAUGACAAAAGUCUAGAGGUUAUAUGGCGUGGGUCCAAAACUUUUGGUUCUUCAUCUCAGAUUUUUGCCAAUGCUUUUCCUGUUCAUUAUAGUCCCCCUAAUGGUUUCCAUUUUGAAGUGGAUGAUGACUUUGUGCCGGUCCAGGAUAAUCCUCUUCUAUUUGAUUACAAUGUUGAACAGCGAGUUAAUGAUUUUAUUAACGCUGCAAUGACCCAAGCAAAUGUGACAAGGACAAACCAUGUUAUGUGGACAAUGGGAGAUGAUUUCCAGUACCAAUAUGCUGCAUCUUGGUUCAACCAGAUGGAUAAAUUAAUUCACUAUGUUAACGAGGAUGGCCGGGUGAAUGCAUUGUAUUCUACACCAUCCAUAUAUACUGAUGCAAAAAAUGCUGCAAACGAAUCAUGGCCACUUAAAACUGAUGACUAUUUUCCGUAUGCAGACGGUCAAAAUGCCUAUUGGACUGGAUAUUUCACAAGUCGGCCAGCCUUGAAACGAUUUGUUCGGAUGCUUAGUGGAUAUUAUUUGGCAGCAAGACAACUUGAAUUCUUGGCGGGAAAGAGAUCCGAUGGUCCCAAUACUUUUAGUUUGGGAGACGCUCUAGGUAUCGCACAGCACCAUGAUGCUGUCACUGGUACCGCCAAACAACAUACUACAAAUGAUUACUCAAAACGCCUUGCAAUAGGAGUCACUGAGGCUGAAACUGUUGUAUCUUCUGCUCUCUCAUGCAUAACUAAGAAGAAUUCUGGAGAAAAUUGUGAAGAACCUGCAUUGACAUUUAGCCAGUGCAACUUAGUCAACAUUAGUUACUGUCCGCCAACAGAGAAGGAUAUUCCAGAAGGGCAGAGUUUGGUGGUGGUGGCAUAUAAUCCUCUUGCAUGGAAUCGUACUGAAAUUGUUAGAAUACCAGUUAAUGAUGCCGAUCUUGUUGUCCAAGAUUCAUCUGGAAAUAACAUUGAAACACAAUAUUUAGAUUUGGAUAAUGUUACAAGAAAUAUAAGGGACUUCUAUACAAAGGCUUACUUGGGACUGUCAUCGGAUACAGUUCCAAAUUACUGGCUACUUUUUCAAGUAUCUGUACCACCACUAGGUUGGAAUACUUACUUCAUUUCUAAAGGAGCUGGGAAAGGACAACACAGAGUUGGAAUUAUCUCAGCAACAGAUUCUCCUCAAGAUGAUACAAUUGAAAUUGGAAAUGGAAAUCUGAAGCUGUCUUUUUCUACAAGUUCUGGCCAACUCCAACGGAUGUAUAAUUCUAGAACAGGAGUUGAUGUACCAGUGCAGCAGAGCUACCUCUGGUAUGGUUCAAGCAGUGGUGAUGCUGAUCCUCAGGCUUCUGGUGCAUAUAUAUUCCGGCCUAACGAGGCACCUCCAAGUGUUGUUUCACGAUCAGUGCCCUUGGAUGUCACUCGUGGACCCCUAGUCGAUGAGGUUCACCAACAAUUUAACGAAUGGAUCUACCAGAUCACCAGACUCUACAAAGACAAAGAGCAUGCUGAAAUCGAAUUCACUAUCGGUCCAAUUCCCUUGGAUGAUGGUGUUGGAAAGGAGGUCAUUACUCAAAUGACAGCAAAUAUGGUCACUGACAAGAUGUUUUAUACUGAUUCUAAUGGGAGAGACUUUCUAAAGCGGGUUCGAGACUUCAGAGAAGAUUGGAACCUUGCUGUUACUCAACCUGUAGCAGGAAAUUAUUAUCCAAUUAACCUUGGAAUUUAUACUAUGGAUAAUAUAUCUGAAUUCUCUGUCCUGGUUGAUCGUGCCACCGGAGGAUCAAGCAUUAAAGAUGGAGAAGUAGAAUUAAUGCUUCACAGGCGGAUGAUAUAUGAUGAUUCCAGAGGAGUGGGUGAAGCCCUUGAUGAAAGUGUAUGUGUAGGAAGCACAUGCGAGGGACUGACGAUUCGUGGGAAUUACUAUAUUAGCAUCAACCAGAUAGGGGAAGGUGCACGUUGGCGUAGAACAACUGGUCAAGAAGUUUACUCACCUCUUCUAUUAGCUUUCACACAUGAGAAAAUGGAGAACUGGACAGCAUCUCAUUUGACAAAAGCAACUGUCAUGGAUCCAGGGUAUAGCUUGCCGCUCAAUGUUGCUUUAAUUACUCUUCAGCAAUUGGAUGAUGGAAGUGUUCUCCUCCGUUUAGCACAUCUGUAUGACGAGGGUGAAGACACCAUGUAUUCAACUCUAGCUAAGGUUGAACUAAUGAAGAUGUUUAAUGGAAGAACGAUAAAGGAAGUGACAGAAAUGAGCUUAACAACAAACCAACUGAAGUCAGAGAUGAAGAAGUUGUCAUGGAAAGUAGAAGGUGACAACGGAAACGAGCCCUCCCCUGUAAGAGGAGGCCCUGUUGAUAGUUCAACUCUUGUCAUCGAGCUUGGUCCCAUGGAGAUCCGCACUUUCCUGUUGAAACUUUAAAUUCCAUGUGUAUUCACACCUUCAAAACAAUUUCUGACUAAUGAAAGCAAUAAUGCAUUUUCUCAAUUUGUCCACGGGUUAUUGACAUCUGAAUGAUAAAUACAAUACUAAUUAAUAAUCGGAAGGAUUGUAACUGACUAUUCCCUUAUUCUUCAGUUGUACAUAUUUUUUCAUUAGUGGCAAGAAUUGGAAGGCUUUCGUUUGGUUAUAGUGACUAUAAUUACGAAGAUUAGAAUCUGCAGCUUCACCCUCCAGGCCUGCGACUUGCCAGAAAGUGUUAGUUUGGAGUUGGACCCUAUUUGUUAGCAUCUUCUGGACAUUAUAUGUACAACUGGAUUAAAAUUGUCUUCAUCACCUGUUAUAAUAUUUGUCUUGAUUGUUUCUCAUUAAUUUGAACUGAUCAAAUCAGAGUCAGCCUCGUGUUGCUAAUAUCAGAAGCUUUAAAUUUUCAUUAUCGAUGGCAAAUGGCGAUAACUGCCCCUCCUGUGGAGGUCCCACUUCCGAUAAUGGCAUUAUAAACUCUUUACUGAUAGUCAUAUUGGAUUUCUGUCCAUUAUCUUCGUGGGUUCGUAUACAGGACAAAUAUAAGUGCUAUAAUUAGGUAUAUUAGGUUACGUAUCCCCUGAGACCAUUUUAAUUUAGUUGGGUUUAUCACCUCCGUCUCGUAUCCUUUGCUUUCAACCAUUUUUGUUACUAAGGCACCAACUCUUCUCAAC